AUGUGGCAGCUUUGUACGACACUAUUUGCAGUUUGGUUCCAAUAUUGCACUGCUUAUGAUAUUGUUAUUUUCUCAACUCUGAACUUGAAAAAAAUGGCAGUAGAAGACCUGGCAGCAUCCUCAAAAAUACUAGCUAUUGGUGUUAAGGAUUUCUCAUUACCAAACUUUGGCCUAUAUGCACAAGCCUAUAGUGGCGAAAACUCUGAUUCUCCGUUUUCAUCAUUAAUGCGAAUCUUCCCGUAUCAAAAAGCACUUUCAGUGGUGACUUCAAACGAUGGUGAUAUUCAUAGGUCAAGUACUGGUAUAGAUUACACCCAAAAAGAUUUGCACAACUUUUUAACAUCUGACAGAAAUUUUGAAGGCUAUGGGACAGUUAUCAUUUCUUCUCAGGAUGCUUUCGAAAAUGAACUGAUUCGUCGUAAGCGUGUUUCCUCCAAUGUUAGUUUUGACGACAAGCCAUCAUCUCAUGCAGUUUCGAGAAUGGAUAAUCGACAGCGGUUAUCUGCCUCAGAUCGUCAUAAUUUUGGUUUGGAUAUUAGAUCAGCACAUCGUGCUAUGCUGUUAUGUAUCAAUAGUGGUAAUAUUUCUCAGGCAGAACAUAUGGUUUUACCGAAAUAG